CAGAGGGAGAUCCCGUCUCAAAAAAAAACCAAAACGAAACAAAAGAGACGGAGACGUGUCGAGAGGUGGGGUAGGGGACAUUCAUCCUAAGUUGGAAGGAGUGAGCUUUCAUGGUGGACAGAGACCCUGAGCAGGAGUCGACUGAGAUCUGGGAUCUCCAUUGCGGUUGGGGAAGGCUUGGCCUGAAUGAGAGGAUACGAAGCAGAGAUGUUGAAGGGAGUUGGGGUGGGCCAGAAGGAGCGACUAAAGGAGGGAGUUGGGGACUCCAAAUCCAAAGGCCUGAGCCCAGUGGAAGGGGGGCUACCUGGUACAGGGGACUUAGAAUGCAGAAAAAGGGACCGUACUCGCGGAAUCCAGGUGGGGAUUCAGUGAUCAUCCCGUCAUGCGAGGACCCGUGUCCUGGGAGUGGAGUGAUAUUUGACCUUCUAGUUCCUCAUUAGGCUGGGUCUUCCAAGCUGCACCUCAGUUUCCCUUUUAUUUCCCUCUCUUCUCACCGGCUAAUGCAGGCGGGGCCCCAGAGACCGUGAAGCAGAGCUUGCAAAGCGACCCAGUCCAACGAAUUCGCCACACUGAAAGCGCUCGGCUAUAACCCGGGGGGGGGCGCGCAGCAGUGACGUCGGCGUCGGCUGCGUAAGCGUCACGGCGGCAGGAGCGUCAGGGGCGUGUUCUGCGCGUGGAUUGGCCAGAAACAGGCACCGCCUCGAGGCCCGCGGAAAACGCGCGCUGAGAUCAGGUCCUGCGGCCUUGGUUCCUGCAGCUGGUGGCAGCUGCCGAGGCGGCAUGGAUCUCAGCGAGCUAGAGAGAGACAAUACGGGCCGUUGUCGCCUGAGUUCGCCUGUGCCUGCGGUGUGCCGCAAGGAGCCUUGCGUCCUGGGUGUCGAUGAGGCGGGCCGGGGCCCGGUGCUGGGCCCCAUGGUCUACGCAAUCUGUUAUUGUCCCCUGUCCCGCCUGGCAGAUCUGGAGGCCCUGAAAGUGGCAGACUCAAAGACCCUAUCGGAGAGCGAGCGGGAAAGGCUUUUUGCGAAAAUGCAGGAGGACGGGGACUUUGUGGGCUGGGCAUUGGACGUGCUGUCUCCAAACCUCAUCUCUACCAGCAUGCUUGGACGGGUCAAAUACAAUCUGAAUUCCCUGUCCCAUGAUACAGCCACUGGGCUUAUACAGUAUGCAUUGGACCAGGGCGUGAACGUCACUCAGGUAUUUGUGGACACUGUAGGCAUGCCAGAGACAUACCAGAAGCGGCUGCAGCAAAGUUUUCCCGGGAUUGAGGUGACAGUCAAGGCCAAAGCAGAUGCCCUCUACCCCGUGGUCAGUGCUGCCAGCAUCUGUGCCAAGGUGGCCCGGGACCAGGCCGUGAAGAACUGGCAGUUCGUUGAAAAACUGCAGGACCUGGAUACUGAUUAUGGCUCAGGCUACCCCAAUGAUCCCAAGACAAAAGUGUGGUUGAAGGAGCACGUGGAGCCUGUGUUUGGCUUCCCCCAGUUUGUCCGGUUUAGCUGGCGCACGGCCCAGACCAUCCUGGAGAAAGAGGCGAAAGAUGUUAUAUGGGAGGACUCAGCACCCGAGGAUCAGGAGGGACUUGGGAAGAUCACAUCCUACUUCCUCAAUGAAAGAUCCCGAGCCUGUCCCCGUGCUUCCCACCGGUAUUUCCUGGAGCGUGGCCUGGAGUCAGCAACCAGCCUCUAGCAGCUGCCUCUCCUCACUCUACCUGUCUCCCUGACCCAGACAUUAAAUUUGUUAAAGGAAAACCACACGUAGGAGAUGUACUUUUGGGGCAGAGCAAGGUGGGAAUGUGCUCUGUAGCCGGGUCCAGCUGCUGCCUUUUGGAACCUAAUUAGAAUGAGUGUUGGUUGAUUGAUUU